CAAAAAAGAGAAAGCGCGUGCGGGAAACACCGUUAUCUCGUUAAUAUAAGAAAAAAUGACGCGAUAUCGUUGAAAAUACCUAUAAUAGCUUACGUCGUAUAAUCUUAAGAGAAACGAGUAUUUUUAAGAUUGAUAAAUCUGCGUCCACAAUAAAUAGAAUACAAAAAUCUGUCAAGUGUCAGGAACCAACCAGUAUUUUAGAAAUUGUUAUUACUUUUACAAAAUAAUCGAAAGAUGAAAAGGUUAAAUAAAAAGUGAAUUGAAUUAGAGUUCCUUGCAACAUUAAAAAUUUUUAAAAUGAGCUCCUAUGAAAGGCAAAAUGACACUCCUGAUGCCAAUGAUAAAGAUGUCGAUUGGUGUCGAUAUGGAUUGGGUCAGUCUCAAAACUGCAGAUCACCACAAUCAGAAAACAGAAAUCAUGAUCAACUGAGCUCUGAAAUGUAUCAAACUGGUCAAAAUGAACUCUUUGCUCAAGAAUUUAAUGCUGAUCCGUGGUGGAAGUCAAAUUUUUUUAUAUCUCAACCAGUUUUGUUUGGAACUUGGGAUGGAGUAUUUACAUCCUGUCUUAUAAACAUUUUUGGAGUCAUUGUAUUUCUGAGAUCUGGUUGGAUAGUUGGUCAAGCUGGUGCAUUGAAUGCUGUUGUAAUAAUACUUUUUUCUGUAUGUGUUGCAUUAGUAUCAGUCCUUUCAGCAGUAGGAAUUUGUGAGCGAUGUCGAGUUGAAAGUGGUGGAGUGUAUUUUUUGCUAUCACAUGUAUUAGGUUCAAGAUUAGGAGGUUCUAUUGGUUUAUUGUACUGUUUUGGACAGGCAGUGGGAUGCGCCUUAAAUGUAUUAGGUUUUGGUGAAUCAAUGGCUGGACUAGUUGGUCUUCAAACUCCAUGGGCUCAAAGGGGUUUUGCUUGUGGAGCAGUUAUACUUUUAUCAAUAAUCAAUGUAGCUGGUGUGAAAUGGGUUAUAAAAUUACAAUUUAUGCUUUUGCUUAUUUUAUUGAUGGCUGGUUUUGAUUUUAUAAUCGGUAGCUUCACUCAUGUAAAUCCAGAGGCUGGAUUCAAUGGUUGGUCAACUGAAAUUUUGAGAAAUAAUACUUUAGCUGAGUUUCAAGAAGGUGUAAAUUGGUUCACUGUUUUUGGAGUUUUCUUUCCUACAGUCACUGGUGUAUUAGCAGGUAUAAAUAUGAGCGGUGACUUGAAACAUCCAUCUAAAAAUAUUCCAAAUGGUACCUUAGCUGCUCUUGGUGUCAGUACAGUACUAUACUUGUGCUUUUCCUUAUUUCUUGCUGCAACCUGUACAAGACUCACAUUACAAUCCAAUUACAUGAUUGCAUCAACAGUAUCUGCUAUUUCUGUUCUUUUGCUUGCUGGGCUUUAUGUUUCAUCAUUUAGUAGCUGCUUAGGGGCCAUGUAUGGGACACCUCGCGUUUUACAAUCAAUUGCAGGUCAAAAUGUUAUACCAGGAAUAAGCUGCUUACAGAGAGGAAGAGGUCCUAAUAAAGUUCCAAUUUAUGCAAUGAUAGUAGUUGCUACUGUUACACUUUCAUUUAUCAUGGCUGGAGAAAUUAAUACGCUUGCACCAAUAGUAACUAUGCCAUUUUUAUUGACAUAUGCAUGUAUGGAUUAUGCAUACUUUGCACUUGCACAAACAUUUGACAUAAGACAUUCAAGGGAACAAAGAUUCUCUGCUCAAUCUGAAUCAGCAGACAGAAGUUAUGGUUCAUCAGAUAGACAUGUAGUUGUGAAUGUUCAAAAUGAUCUUGACACUUUAUUUCCUGAAAGAACGAGUCACAAGAACCUUAUUCGUAAUUCAAGUACAGACAGUAAUGGUUUUGGAGACUCUUCCCCAAGCAUUGACGAAAAUAACAGUGUAGCUAGUGAUACUCCAAAAAAAGUACAUAUUCAUGGAAAGUUAGGAAACUGGUAUAGUCCAUUUUGCAAUAGAUGGGCUUCUCUACUUGGAGCCAUGGUCAAAUUACUGAUAAUGUUUUUAGUGCAUUGGUAUUAUGCACUAGCUAAUAUUAUUAUUUGUUUCCUUGUUUGGAGCUAUAUUGGUCAUGCUAAUCCAGCCGUAAAACCUGGUAUAGCCGCCGAAUUUAAAUUUUUUAAGUGGCUUAAACUUGCUGUUAUGAGAAUGAUGGGUAAAAAUGUUUAUGACUAUGAGCAAAUUGUUGUAACUCCUGUGCAUCCAGGAGUUACAACCAGUCAAGCCCAGUUAAAUGAAGAGAAUGAAGACUUUGCAGGAAGACGCAGAUAUCAUCAAAUAGCCAACGUUACAGGUCAAUACAUCGACGUACAAUAAUUGCAUCUCGUCUUCUGUAUUGUUUUUUUACAACAAAAGAGGAGAAAAAGAGAAAAAUACUAUUUUUUAACUCCUACGAAUUAUGCCAUUGUGCUAUCAUCUGACUUAACUUCAAUAGUGAUAAAUAAUUGAGUGAGAAGAACGAUUAUUAUUAAAAUAUUAAUGGUCGUAAAAUAAAUCGUGAAUUAAUGAAUCAAUUUUGUCAGACAUUGUGUAAUUAACGAUACUAGUUAUGUAAGUAUUUUAUUUUUUAGGAAUAAUGAUGAUGACAUUUUUUACGCACAAUGUGUAAGAGUUAAGAUGUUUGACCGUAUGUAUUUUAUAAUGCUGAAUGUUUGAAACUGUAACUUAUAACCAAAGAAAAUGAGGGUCCACUUUUACAUUCAUUUUUAUAGAAUUAUUAUAUUAAUUUGUAGCUGUAUGCUUGUGAGAUUAUUUGUUUAUUUGUAGAAAGUACGUGAUGAAAAUAAAUUACAAUUAAUUUUACACAUUCAUAUAUAGGUACAACUUUAGUGAAACAAUGUCUAAAGAUACUCUGUCUAAAGAUUAAGAAAAAAAAAAUUAUAUAAGUAUUACUUAUAUUCAUACAAAGAUUGUUUGCCAUGAAAAAAAUAAUACUUCUGAAAUAACAAAAAAGUGUUUUUAAUAAAAAGUCCAUUAGCUGA